AUCCAUAAUGUAAUGACUAUAUUAUAACCACAAAACUUUGAAAUAGUGAACAUACUGAAACCCCAUCAUUUAAGGCACACUAUCUUAACACAAUUAAUUCAUCAAAUCUCUGUCUCUAUUAUGAGCUCUCUUUCAUGCAAAAAUCCAACUACACCACAAUAACAACACUUUGUUCGCAACCAUUGGAAGACAUAUGGGUGUGCUUAGAGUAUUACGUUUGUGUAUACACUGUUGGGUUUUGUCAACACUUUGUUCCAUUACCAAAUGUGGUGGUUCGGAUGUAACUGUGAAAUUCUUGAAAGCACCUCAUGCAUUGUCUCACUUGAACUCAGCAACAUUUGCUUUUGAAGUUCUUAAUUCCGGUAGUAACCAUUCUUGCUCAAAUUGCAGCCUCAGUUGUAAGCUUGAUGAUGGGAUCAGAUCAGUAUGUACUAAUGGGAGAGUUACCUACUCAAGCUUGCGCGAUGGGAACCAUAGUUUUGAAGUCUGCAACAAUGGACAUCAAGGACUUUUUGGCUGUGCUAUCUAUAACUGGACUGUUGACACAAUUCCACCAACAGCAUAUGUUACAGCCUCAACAACUUUCACAAGUUCUUUAAAUGUAUCAGUAAAUAUAUCUUUCAGUGAACCUUGUAUAGGUGAAGGUUUUGGAUGCAAGUCUGUGAAUGCAUGCAAUCUUCUUGUGUAUGGUGCUGGCCAGGUUAUACCGUCUUCCUUUAAAACUCUGAAGCCAAACCUCGUGUAUUCUCUUCUUGUUAGUUUAUCCUCUACUGUUCAAUAUGGCCGUGCAAUCCUUGUGAUGGAUAAGAAUUUCUGCACUGACAUAGCUGGUAACAGCUUCACAAGAAUGCCAAAUUCAAGUGUUUAUGUUCAUAUUGACAGAAGAAGGGUUUAUGUCAACAUCAGGACUCAUGUACCUGAAAAACUACUUCAGCUUAAAAGUGAAACUAGAACAGUGCAGGCAACGAAUGAUCAUAACAAGCUGAAGGUGUAUCUGUACUUCUCAUCUCCCAUUCUAAACUCAUCAAAAGAAGUUAUGAAUUCUCUCAAUAUUAGUCACGGUUCACUCAUUCCAACUAGUGCAGAAAAUCUCGGAAAUCGUAGAUUUGGAUUCAUGAUUGCUAAUAUCUCCUCUACCGCUAUAAUCUCAAUUGACUUCAACUCAAAGUUAAUAAUAACCAGACAAGGGACUCGAGUUUCUCCAACUGCACCGGUUAAUUUUCUCUAUGAUUCUAAGAGACCUAUGGUGAUGUUAAGUACACAUAGAAUGAGGACAAAAGAUCACAAUAUCCAAAUAUUGAUUGAAUUUGUGAAACCUGUUUUUGGCUUCAAUACCUCUUGCAUAUCAAUUUCAGGAGGUUUAUUAAAAAGCUUUCACAAACUAAAAUGGAGCACAUACAUUGUUGAGCUACAAGCAGAUGAUGAUUUAGUAUUUGUCAGUAUUCCGGAGAAUGUAACUCAUGAUAUUGCUGGCAACAAAAAUUUAGCUUCCAAUGUUCUACAAGUGAGGCACUACUCGGUACCUCUCAGUUCCUGUGUGAUUUCGGCAUUUGCAACUGCUACUUUUGCGCUGACAUCAAUUGCUGCGGGGCUGCUUACUAUCUCAACUGCGAGCCUUCAAUCUGUUGAUACAUUUGCGAGAUCUUCUUCCUUCUUGAUCGUUGAUCCCGUUAGGAAUCUUUUUAGAACUCUGUGCCAUAUUCAAGUAUUUGCACUAGCUAGAUGGUUAUCAGCUAAGUUGCCAGUUGAAUUUUAUGAAUUUUCAAGGCAUUUGCAAUGGACCAUACCUUAUUUUUCUGUGCCGUGGGAAUCUGGACCUAUGAGCUUGUUCAUGGUAGGCACUAGUCCUUUUGGUAGCUCUAAUUCCUUUACCAAAACUUCAGCAACAAUCCCAAAUAUGCUGUUAUUAGGCCAGAAUUUGAAUUAUGGUGCUUCAGUGUAUGGAUCACCACUUACUUCUUCAGAGUACCGGCGAUAUUUUGAGAGCGAAAAUAUGAAACCAGAAGCUGAAUAUAUUUUGGAUUCACAACAUUCCAGUGGAUGGACAGAUUUUUAUAGAACCAUGUUUUGGCUAGCUGUGAUCUAUGGCGGUUUGUUGGUUCUGCAUGCUUUUCUACUUAUUACUCUCAAAUUUAGGAAGAGAAGUUCUGAAAAGCCUGGAAUAUAUGGAGCACUCGUAUUCCCAAGAUUUGAAAUAUUCCUUUUAUUUAUUGCACUGCCUGGUAUUUGCAAGGCCUCUUCUGGCCUUAUUAAAGGAGGAACACCUUCAGCAAUGGCAGUUGGAAUCAUACUGUUGAUUUUUGUAUCCAUUGUGCUUCUAGCUUUGUUCAUGUUCUUAUCAGUUGGAAUCACAUUUGGAAAACUUCUUCAAUACAAGGAAGUUCAUCAUGAAGGUGAGACAUUUCAUUGGUAUCAAGAGCUUAUAAGAGUAACUCUUGGACCAGGUAAAAGAGGCCAAUGGACAUGGAAAGGAAGACCUAAAUCUGUUUACCUAACUAUAUUUGGCCCUCUUUUUGAAGAUUUAAGAGGUCCUCCAAAGUACAUGCUUUCACAAAUAUCAGGCGGAAGUCUUCCGAGUCAAAGUGACCACAUUAUUGCCUCAGAUGAUGAAAAUGAAGAUGCAGAAGCACCUUUCAUCCAAAAGCUCUUUGGAAUUCUCAGAAUAUACUAUGUGUUUCUUGAAUCCAUUAGGCGCGUUUCACUCGGAAUUUUAGCAGGCAUCUUCAUUCAGACACGAUCCACAUCACUUAAGAGUCCGUUGAUUAUGCUAUCUAUAACCUCUUUUCAGCUAUUCUUCAUUGUGCUAAAGAAGCCUUUUAUUAAGAAAAAGGUCCAACUAGUUGAGAUCAUCUCACUCACAUGUGAAGUUACUUUUUUCGCUACUUGUUUCGUGCUCUUGAAGAAAGACUUUUCUGUGAGAACUGAGACAAAAUUUGGGAUUUUCAUGCUUGUGCUGUUUUUAGUAGGGUAUUGUUCACAAAUUACUAACGAAUGGUAUGCUUUAUGUGCACAAACAAAGCUACUAGACCCUGAGGAGAAAUCAUUGUUAACAGGUUUGAAAAUUGCUUCAAUUGGGCUUCUUUUGUAUUUCAUCCCUAAAAAAUGGAUCAAAAACUUGGAAAAGAAGUUACCUCAAAAUGGCCAUGCGAACAACGAAACUCGAGACAUUGGUUUGGCGGUUGAAAGAAGCAUGCACUCAGGUAGUAGGAGCUCAGGCACGCCUGAUAUACCAUGGUUGAAAAGAAUAAGGGAACUCGCAAAACGUAGCUUUAGUAAGGAUAGAAGUGGAGUUCAAAUUACUGAUCCUUCUACUAGUAGUACUACUAGAUGGAGUGGUUUUUGGGGAAACAAGAGAAGUGGUAGUUCUUCUUCUGAUUAUAAGUCAAAACCAAAAGCUUUGUAUGAAGAUAUGGAAGCCAUUUUUGCUUCCAAGUCAUAAUACAAAAAAUAUACUUUAGACUUUGUGGAUUUGCCAUAUAUAUAUAUAUAUAUAUAUAUAUAUAUAUAUAUAUAUAUAUAUAUAUAUAUAUAUAUAUAUAUAUAUACCUACCAGCAAGCUUGUUUCCACGGUUUAAUGUACAAAAAGGUUUAGCGCACAACUUGUUGUCAGUCUACCUUUUGUUUACGUGUAAUUAUCUUUUAUAUUUUGAUUUGUUUGUGCAUUUGCACAAAAUACUUAUACACAUAGGUUGCUGGAUUGGAUCUAAUAAAGUAUUGAGUUGGGUUAUUAAUACAA